UUCCUGAGAGGUUAUAUGACAUUUGGCUCAAGGACCACAGCAGUGCAAACAAGAAGAAGGUCUCCAGGGGACUGAACCCCCCCCCCUCCAGCCUCCCAGCUGGUCAGGGAGCCGCACACAGGCGACCCAGUAGCCUCGUGACCAGUCCUGCUGCAAACACAGGACAUCCUGAGCUCAGCACCAGUCCAUGAGGGACACACAUCACCAAGACUCACACCAGUCUUCGUCCCAUCAUUUUCACACCACUUCUCGAUUUUAUUGCACAAAAAAUAAAACAUUUUAAUAGAUUGUGAAGUAAAAUCUUUAUCAGCAGUUAAGUAAUUGUAGUAUGUGCGUUUUAAGCUUUUGUCUUUAUAUUGUGUCUCCUUAAGAUAAAUACCAGUUGUGCCCAUUUUAAGUGUGCAGGUGACAGGUGCGUGAACAUGCACACGUGUCUGUGCCAUCAGGGGACGCGUGUGCGUGUGCUCAGGUGAAGAGAUGGAGGCGGGAUGUUGUUCUAUGACGUCAGCGGGGACCCAACUCCAGCAACGGCCAGUCCAGCAGUCUCUGGCCUCCUCCCUGUGCCGGGAGUCCCACUGGAAGUGCCUCCUCCUGACCCUCCUCAUGUACGGCUGCUUCGCCACGCUCACCUGGUGCGCUCUCUGUCGGGUACCUGUCCUCGGCUCCUCCUCCAUACCUCUCGGCAUCGACGGUGAUGCCACCUCGGCGGCCUACUACAACGACAUCCUGCAUCUAGAGAGUCCGUGCUCCAGUGGCUACGUGUACAUCCCCCUGGCCUUCCUGGCCAUGCUGUAUGUGGUCUACCUAGUGGAGUGCUGGCACUGCUUCUCCAAGACGGCCAUGCUGUCUCAUGCUGAAUUCCAGGAAGUGUACGAGCGUGUGCAGAGACUCCAGCAGGCCACACCCUGCAUUUGGUGGAAGGCCAUCAGCUAUCACUACGUGAGGAGGACGAGACAGGUGACAAGAUACCGCAACGGAGACGCUUAUACAACCACACAGGUCUACCAUGAGCGGGUGAACACUCACGCCUCCAGCUCCGAGUUCGACUACGCCCGUUACGGCGUCAAAGACGUGUCGAAGGAGCUGCUGGACCUGCAGCGGCACCCCGCUGUUCGCCUGCGUUUCACCAAGUGUUUCAGCUUCUCCAGCGCACGAGCUGAAGCCGCCUACCUCACGCAGCGAGCGCGCUUCUUCGGGGAGAACGAGGGGCUUGACGACUACAUGGAGGCCAGGGAGGGAAUGCACCUGAAGAACGUGGAUUUCCGUGAACACAUCCUGGCGUUCUCAGAUCCUGCUCACCAGCCGUGGUUCUCCAGGCACAGGGUGUUCUGGCUGGCCUCGGCUUUCCUCCUGUCAUGGCCGCUACGGGUCGUGUCAGAGUAUCGCACGGCAUAUGUGCACUACCAUGUGGAGAAGUUGUUCGGGGAGGAUGAGGACACUGGCGGAGGUGGAGGAGGGCCGGGUGGAGGUGGAAGAGGGGAUGGGGUUGAAGGGGGGACUGAGAAUGGAAUCCAUGCAGGAGGAGUGGGGAUCGCAGUUGGUCUAAACGGGACGAGCUACCGAGCCAUCUCCCGGGUCAACACGGUGGACAUGACGGAAUUGGAGUGGCACAUCCGCUGUAACCAACAGAUGGUGCCGAGCUACUCUGAAGCCCUCCUUAUGGACUUGGACACAAGUGGGGGGACGAACCCCACCGCCUCUACACCCAUUUCCGGGCCUCCGGGCAUCGUUCCCGGCCAGGGGACCAACCCGCCGCCGCCUCUUGCUCUGCCUGUGGUGUUUAACUCGGCUUACCUCCUCCAGAGCUGCCCCCGGUGCCGGAGGACCACGUCCAGUUCUAGUCUUCCCUCCAGGCUGAGGGCCCCGAUGGGAACCACUGCCCUCCUGAACGCUACCGUGGCAGGGAUCAGGGCAGCAAGGCCAGGAGGUGGGGGUAUAGGCGGAAGGCUGGUGCUCAGCCGGAGUGGAUUCUCACUAGGGAGACUGGGAGGUGGACGCCAGAACAACCUGUUUCAUUCAAGAAGCAUGGGGGGAGGGCUGGGAGGAAGUAGGGAAGAUGGAGGAGGAAGUGGUGGAGGUGGGGCGGGGGGAGGAUUCCUGGGGUUAGGUUCAAGACAGGACAACGAAGAGACAAGAGGAGUUCUAGAAGGAGAAGGGGAUGACGAUGAGGAAGAGGAGCAGGAGGAGGUGAGGAGAAGGGAAGGUAGGGGAAGAAGAGGCAGGGAGGGGGAUGAAGAAGCAGCACAGGACAGUGGAGGGGCAGGCGAGAGGAGGGAGGGUGAGAGGGACCGACCUCCAUCCUACCAGGACGCUUUCUUCUUCCCUGUCCUCAUCAUCCACGGGGAGGAGAGCUGCCAUGCUGGAGACGACAUGUGAAGGGAAACGCUGCACAUUAAAAGUGAGAACGUCUGAGCAGAGACCGAGGGAGACGAAACAAGGAAGAGAAGAAGAGAUGAAGGAAAGUGAUAUGAAUGAACAGACUGAGGUCGAAAGAAACAGUAUCCCAUCCACAGAAAUGGACGAAAGGAUUCCGAGGUAAGAGGAUGGAGCAGAAAAGGAAAAGAACGUAGCGUAGGAGAGAGAGGUUCAGAGGGAGGAGAGCCGUCAGAGAUGGCGGCAGCAAGAUGAGAUGGAGUCGGUGACGAUGAUUGAAGGCGGGAAAAUCCUUGAUACACGGGGAUUGCGUGUACGAGAGGGCGACAGACUGGUAGUUGGGGAAGAAGUAAAAGUAGCAAUACAGGUACAGCAGUCUAGUACAAAAAUAUUAUUAUCACAGAGUUCACUAUGCAGAAUGGCACAUUUCACAUUAAUGGACAUCAUAUUAACAGAUAAUUAUUACUGAUGCUUUAUUGUGUAGUGGCUCAUUAAGGUGGAGCUACUUUUAACUGGCUUAUAUGCUCAGAGUUUGAAUUACUGCUGGAUCACCUGUGAAUUUUCCACAAAUGAUCAUGAUCAUACUGUAUUUUAGUUACUGGAGAGCAACUAAAGUAAUCAAAUACAUGUAGUGCAGUAAAAAGUACAAAGUUUAUAACGUGGUGUCACAAUAUGAAGUAGCACAAAACUAAAGUACUUGAGUAAAUGUAUAGUUACUUUCCACCACUGCAGAUUGGAUAGUCGGGCUGGCUGAAAGCUUAGGAACGUCUGUUUUCAGGAGCAGGAGGACUGACAAGUGUAAAGAAUUGCAGCGUGGCGAGCAGGAAGCUGAACCGGCCGAGGGGCGGUGAAGAAGUAGAGGAGGUAACAGAAGGAUAUUUUGAUGGUUUUGUUAAAAGUAUAGCUUACUUAAAAAUAGACAUGGAGAAAUGGGCACCUGUUCCUAAGAUAUUUCAGAUGAUGGAGGAAACUGACAGUAUUAGAAGCACCAAGAUGCAGUGAGAUGCUGCCUGCUAGAUAAAAUACAAACGAGCUCGGAGGCAGAGCAGAACAUCCAACAGAACUCGAACGCGUCAUGGAAAGAGAAGAAACGGUGCAGACCAUGACACCAGAUAAAUCUUCUUUUCCAUUUGCCAGAUAACGCCAGCAGAUUUUUUUUUUAAGUCCCCAAACGGCAUUACCAAACGUGAACUCAAGGAGUAAACAAAGAUAAACGAGUUGCUGUUACUCUUCUUCAAGGCAGCUCAAAUGUUUGUCUUUACUGGUGUAUCUGAAUAUUGUACAUGGUGCCUUUUGGUUUAUGUAGGUUCUGGAUGUUUGUGUGAUUAAGACAGGUGAUGGGGGCUGCCCUCAGGUCUCAUAGUUGUUUACCGUCUGUGAAUUUCUGAUGUUCUCGACUGUGUACUCACACCUGAUAGUAAAACAAAGUUUUCGUUUGACUUGACUUGAAGACUAGUUGGGGUUGAAACAUUGGCAUUAAUAAUAAACCUGAGCGCAGUCAUGAUUUUUGACUAGAAUUUAAUCAAGAAAUCUAAAUUUCAUUGGUUCUGCGAUGAAUCUUGGGUCCUUCCGGACUGACAGCGUUUAGUCUGUCUCAUCGUGGCCGUCUCACUUCACCAUUAGCUUCCCCACCACUCUGAAGCCAUUACUGAUAUGGAGCUGCUGGAAAAACGGGAGCAGUUGCUUCCUCUUUGUCUGAGCUCUCCCUCUUUCCUCAUGCCCCUGCUGUUUCAUCACUCCUUCCUUCCUCACUCCUCUCCACACACAGUUACAAGCGUGAGGUGUAAUUCUGUUGUUUCUUUUUAAAACAUAACUACGGCAGAUAAGUGCUACAUCUUUUUUUUGCAGUUAGCACAUCUUGUGGUAUAAGGGAAGUGAGAGGGCGCUUUACCAAAAUAGAUUUCACCGUAGUUAUCAUUAACCCUCUGUCCUCUUUUCCUCCAUCAUCCCAUUCCUCUUGUGAUACACCUCCCUCUGCUACUGGAGAGGCAGGGAUCAGAUUUCCUCUCGGCCCAUUCCACUUUUCUCCUCGAGCUGCAGGUUUCUCCUCCUCAGUCAGAUUUUAUAAACCUCGUAUCUGGAUGUUUUUGGCCUCUCGCUAUUUAUGUCUGCAUAUUUGGAAAGAAAAGGUGAGGGAUAAACAAAUUGUGUGUAGAAGUGCAAAAAGAUGGCGACAGAAAUGGGCUUUUUAUGAUGCUGAUUCAGGCAGAGGUGUGAUUUUCCAACACAGAAACAGUCUGUUUGGCUAAUUUCCACCAGCUAUGCCCGUGUGGUCGCUGGCACAAUCAGAAGAACCAGAAAAUCUUCCUCCAAUAGUAAUAUAUUACAGUACAUGUUUAAGCAUGAAAAAUCAGCUCUUUAUGAGCUCAGCUGGUAUUCCCAUAAAUUAAAAAAAAACACAGGAAAUGUAUUUUUAAUUGUUUUGCAUUUUUAGUGCAAACAAACGCUGGCGACAGUUAAUGAUAUUAAAAUAAAACCCCCAGUACGAUCACAGUGGUCAACAGCGAGAGCCUGGGUGUGUCGUGCUGCUUUCUCCUCCUCUUAAAGAAUCUUCUGCAAAUAAGAAACUGCUCUCUGAAACAUCGCCUCAUCCUGAGAUGUGUAAAAGCAGCUGGCACUGAGAUGCAUGUAACUGACAGUAGCUGUUGUGAAGGAGCUACUAGCAGCUAUGGAACAAAUAUGGCCACCACUGCAAAAUGCAGUGCCAAAAAGCAAAGACCCCUGAUUAGCUGGCACAAACAGAUAAGGCACAGACAGGAAUCCACAGGGAUCAACUCCGUCGUACUUGUGAUUUGCUACGUUUCCAUGAAGAUCCAGAGGUAACUGGCAAAGACAGCAGCCGUCGGUGCUUUGAUGCAUAUAUUUACAAAGCACACUAAACCUGCUACGGUAGCCAGAAGCAGUUCCAGCAGUUAGAUGAACAUUUCUUCACACAGUGGUCGGUGUAGCUGUUGGACUGGUCUCCCUCCUCCUCCUCCUCUCUCUGCUCACCUCAGACAAGACGCUGAAAAGUGCACUGACAGAAAGACGUUUGAGUUGAACCCUCUUGACGGAUUUUGUGGACGUGGACCAAAAAUUAUGUUUCACUUAUUUUACAAAUAAUGAACACACAGGCGCACAAAUACGUAACGCCACACAUCCGACCUGGAUUCAGAGGAGACGGCAGGGAAUGUCCUCUGUGGAACUUUCUGGAGAGGAAAAAGUGGAGCUCGAGUGCUGACCUGGUUUGGAGUGUGGGAUAGACGCUGACACGUUCGCAUUCAGGCUCACAGAUCUUCGGUAGCUCUGGAGGACGUUGAGCUGGGCACAAGUAAACAAAUAUAAGAAAUAAACAAGGACAAGUGUUUGUUUAUGACUGGAGCAGUGGAAACAGAAAAAAGAUGGUUUAACAACCACUGAAAGGCAAAAAUUGAAAAUGUGGUUAUUUCAUACAGCUAUUAAUCAUUAUCUCAGCCUCUUGACUUGUGGAGAAAAUUUUCCAUUAAUGUCCUUUAACAAAAAAGCGCUAGAAAACAAUGAACACACUUACAAGACCUUUAAUUUUCAGUCACUCGGUUGUUGGAUUAUAAUAAUGUGGCUUUGAAAGUUCUGUUUGCUCUGUUUUUGUUCAUGUAGCCAGUUUAAAACCACUCGUAGUGAGCUCCAAUUGAAAUCUUUUACAAGUAACAAAACAAGAAAAUGCUGUUUAUUUGUUAUUGUGUAUCAUUUGUAUACUAGAGUAGAGAUUUCAGGUUGUGUUAGUGAUGUCUAAAAUCUAAAUACCUUUGUAAGCUUCAGAGCUUUUUCAUGCCUUAGCACAUUUUAUUUUUGUAUGACUUGGCUUCCCAGUGAGCUUCGGCCAUGAGCCGUGGGUCCUUUCGUAUGGUGCUUGGACACAGUUAUACCUGCUUGUAAGUCUAGUUUAUUCUAACUAGAAGCAUAUUUCACUGGAUAUUUGAUUUAUUAUCUCGGAGUGUGCCAAGAGAACUUUGUUCCCAUGAUGUCUUACAUAAACACACACUCAUGCUGGCUUGCAUGUUUAUUCGCCACAGUAAAGCCAUUGUAACAGCUUUUUUAGGCUACAGUGACAUUAACCCAGUGCCCAUCAUGGCCCCCACACAUGCAGUCAUAACACAAACGCACCGAAAGCAUGUCCUGACCUGCUAUGUUGCCUUUGUGUCCAACGUCACCAUUUAUUUGUUUAUUUUAUUUUUUUGCUCAGGACUUCAGUUAAUGCUGCAGUCCCGUGUCUUUUACACAUUGAAAUCUGUAAACAUGCCAAAGCAAAAAAAGAAAAGGCAUCACAAAGAAUAUGGCUGUGUUUACACACAGACAUUAGCAGCUGUGGAUGCAACUAGUCCACACAAAUUAGUGUGCUCUGUGCUGCAGCACCAAACAUUUACAUGAGGUGUCAGAAGGGACGGGUCUACUCAGGAACAAAAAUAACAGCUAUCUGUGAUUUUCAUCAACAAAAUGUGUAAAUCCUCCCGGAAUGUGUCUGUGACAUUGUGCCGUGUCUGGGUUUGUCCACUGGGUGGCAGCAAAGCAUUGCAUAUUGUGACAGCAGAUGCUGGUGCUGUUGUAUUUAGGGGAAACCCAGAGUCAGUCAGACAGGGUGGGAAACAGAGGCUGUCCUGCUCUAUGGCUUCUAACCUGAGCAUGAUGCCAAACCAGGUCAUUUGUCUCUGGCACCUGGAACCAUCACUGGUCCAGUCUGAUGUGACCAAACCUCCCUGAUCUUAUGAUUUUCCUUUACCUGUGACUGAAGGUGUUGUGAAGAGAUAUUGCCCAUAUCCCUGCUUCCUGGCUGAGCUUGUAUAUGUCGCUAAGCUGCUUUCUGAACUUAUAACUGUAAGAAAUGGGUGCUUCAGUCAUGUAAAUGGCACCACUGAUCUAAAGAUAAAGGAUGUGUGUUUAGUGACCAAGCCUCCAUUUCCAUUUUCUGGCUGUGUUGCUCUGUAUGACACAAACUGCAAGUAAAACAGAAGUGAGGAAGGACCGUUUUUCAUUUCAGUUCAAAAAGACCUUUUCUUGUGCCCACUUUUUUUUUCUUUUGCACAAAAUUCUGUGCUGGUUUUCCACCAUUUUAUCAACACUUACUAUUUUGUAAAAUGCUCUAGCAAUUAGGACCGAUGUAUUGUUGUUAGUACUGUUUCUCUUGUGGUCAUGGGAUGAGGCGAGUAGUCAUACCAAGUUUGUCAAACACUGUAAAACAUGUCUAGAAUUGGUUUGACUUGAAGUCACAUGAAUUCCAGCUGCAUUUCUAGUUUUAGUCGUCAGAAACUUUACUUUUGCCUAAUGUGGAUGCUAGAAA